AUUUGUCCUUCUGAAUAAUUCUACAGCUCAUUGAAGUCUGAAUAUGGAAGGUUUUGAGUUUGAAAUUCCAAAUAUUGAAAUUCCAGAUAUUGAAAUUCCGGAUAUUGAAAUUCCGGAUAUUGAAAUUCCGGAUAUUGAAAUUGGUGAAAUGGAGACUGCAGAAAUUGAAAAUCCAGAUAUGGAAUUUGAGACCGAGGAUAGGGCUCGCAGAACAAAUAGAAAUGCGAACCGCCGAGUCCCGCAACAGGUCAAAGGUUAUCGUCUAGUGAAGGUGAAGGACUACAUACGGUGCUCUGUAUGCACCGUCACCUUCUGCAACUUCAUGUUCCUGGGUACAUCUGCGCUAAUAUGCUCCUUAAAGGCAAUACAUUUCAAGAUUAGGAGAGAUGUAUCUGGUGGCAGAAUUUUUGGUUGCUGUGCUCUGACUGCCAAUAUUGUUGCCAUCAUUGGGACGAUCAUCUGCAUCAUUGUUUUCGCAGUUAUCCUUGUCAGUGAGUAA